AAUGUAUAGAGAGAUUCAAAUGUAGAAAAUAUUAAACAACAACUAUUUACUUGGAGUAUUCUUUUUUAUCAUAUGUGUUUAUGUAUGGAUGGUUUACUUAACAUUAAUAAAUCCAUACUCAUCUGAAUAUACCUAAAUCAUACAAAUACUUUGGAUUCCAUUAUAAAUAUUUUAUAUGAUGGUUGUAUGGUCAAUGGUCAGAUGUAUUAUUAGCGAUCCUGGCAAAGUAUUUUCUAUAUAAAAUUCAGGUUCCCAUUUAUUGGGGAGUUUUAUUAGAUGAUUAAGAAUAAAAGAAAAGACGAUAUUGUUUAAUUUGCCAUAUUUUUAAACCUGAACGUUGCCAUCAUUGUUCAACGUAACUAUUUUAUAAUUAUUUCAAAAGUUGUUAAAGAUGUGUUUUAAAUAUGGAUCAUCAUUGUCCUUGGAUUGGAAAUUGUGUAGGAUAUCAAAAUAGAAAGUUUUUUAUAUUGUUUCUCCUCUAUAUAAAUUUAUCAGUCUUAUUUAGCAUUGUUAUUACAGCUUUUAGAGUUUAUCCAAUAAUAAUGGAUCUUAUAUUUGUAGAUUGGAGACUUUUAAUAGAGGAUUUUAAUGUUAUCCCUACUCUCUUACUGUAACAAAUUAAAACAUAAUAGAGCAAUAAUUAUUCUUGUAUUUGGAGGAGUUAUAUUCAAUUUCUUUCUAUUUCACUUAGAUUUAGUUUCAACUAAUAAAACAACUAUAGACACUUUAGAAGUUAGAAGAAAUGGAAAUUCAUCAUAAACUACUUUGAAUGGUUAUGAUAUUGGGUAAACAAUUUAAAUAUAUAAAUAUAUUUCAGUAUCAAAGAAAAUUGGUUACAAGUAAUGGGAACUAAUCCUUGGCUCUGGCCUUUUCCAAUGUUCGGAGAAAGCGGAAGACCAAAAGGAGAUGGAGUAAGAUGGGAACGUAAUCAGAAUUAAUUAACAAUGACUGAAUAGAAUGUUACACAUAGAACUUAAACAAAUUAAAAUUAAAGAAGUGAAAUGACUUAGCCUCAAUAAAGAGUGUGA